UUCUUUUUCUUGAUGGAAAAUCCAUUAAAAAUCGCCUUAUCAAUGAAAAAACGGGAACGUACGAUUGGAAAUUUUCUUUGAUUCGUUUUUCCAUAGCACAGCGCUAAGUAAUUCGUAAUCUAAUUAGUUUUAUAAUUUAUUGGUAACAGGGUCAGAACAUUGUGAAGUGGUGUGUUAAGUAAGUGAAAGACUCCCGAAAGAUUGUCUCGUUCAAAAUCAUAAGCGAAUCGAACAACACCAGUAGAGCCUGGAAAAAAUGGAGUGGCCAAGUUUUAGCCGGGCCCCGGAGAUAUUUUUCGCUGCUGACCGUUGUUUGCGUGGCAUUGGUCCUCGUCAGUCUAGUUCCCGCUAGUGGCAGUGCCGAAAAGGAGAUCCCGAUUACCAAAUUCAGCCAAAAUGUCGGCGGCUACGGGGCGACGAUGACGUUCCUUUAUUGUUACUCCUGCGGUUAUCGCAAAGCCUUCGACGAGUACUACAACAUCAUCCACGAGAAGUAUCCGGAAAUCACCAUCCGGGGUGGCAAUUAUGACCCCCCAGGCUUCAACAUGUACUUCUCGAAGAUCCUGCUAGUGACAAAGCUGCUGAUGAUCAUCGCCCUUAUGUCCAACUUCGAUCUGUUCGGCUAUCUGAGGCAACCGAUGCCAUCCUGGUGGCGCUGGUGUACCGAGAACAAACUCUACGCCUGCAUGAUGGUAUUCUUCUUGGGCAACAUGCUAGAAGCACAGCUCAUAUCAUCGGGUGCAUUCGAAAUAGCCCUGAACGACGUUCCGGUGUGGUCCAAGCUGGAAACGGGUCGCAUUCCGGCGCCGCAAGAACUGUUUCAAAUCAUCGACAGUCACUUGCAGUUCACCGAUAAGAUCGAAACAAACCCAGACUUUGUGAAAUAAGCUCAUUCGUUUAGAUCGUUUUACUGUUUUUACCCAAGCGGGAUCAUCAUAUUUUCCGUUGCACAUUUUUCUCCAUGUUAUCGUUUUAUGUCAUGAUAUUCAAAGUAAGGUUCAUUUCUCACGAAAACCAUACACCUUCAAUUGGCAACCUUUAUUUCGCUUGACUGUAGGAUAACCUUUUAAUUUUACUUCAACCAUAAAUAUUAUUCUAUGUCUAUGGAUACUCAAAAUCAAACAUACAAACCAAAAUCAAAGGGUAGCGUGACGUUUCAGUAUAAUUAUAGGAUAGCCAAACUUAGAAGAGUCCCCUUGUUCUUCAAUCGAUCAAAAGCAUUAAAGCCCGUGUACCAGUACCAGUCGACGAUCUCAUCGUCAAAAUUAUUCCCAAAAACAAAAAAGGAUUGCAAUCUAAUAAGAUCUGUCACAGCCUGAAACAGUUUCUUCAGCGAUGAAAAAAGCCAGCAAAAAAAAACGAAAGCGUAAGAGUUCCAAAAAUGUUCACGAGACAAGUUCGUAAAACGGUGGUGUGGUUAAUAUGAUAGGUAAUGUAAAAAAAACUAAAACAAAUACAAUAUUGAAUAAGUUCCUCGCGAGCAAUCCAGCUGGUUGGGUUAGAAUUGA